AUGGCUGAUGGCCACCAAUUGGCACAGGAGCUUGCCUGCAGGCACUUCAAUCCACCGCGAGGAGUAUCUCAACUCUGCGGGACGAGGGUGACCCUUCGACGCCGCGGGCUCUGGGCUACGAUGCAGAUUGCCGGCGGAGCUGCUGCAGACCAAAACAAGCUGAUCCAUGACUACAGUGAUCAGAUUGCAAAGCGAGGUGGCGCAGAAGUUGAGCUGACCAAGGUGAACUCGUACAUGAUGUUUGGAUACCAUGAUUUCAUGGAGAGCCCGCUGGUGAAGCAGGGUCUAGGCCCACAGCAUCGUUAG